AUGGCUGUUCAAACUUAUGCUUAUUUUGAUGUAAUGAAGCGCAGUAUAUUGAAAAGUUCUGAACUGCAAAGCCUGUUCGUUGAAAUUCGCCGAGUGGGCUUAUUUUGUAAGAAUUUUACAGAUGAAAUUCCAAACCGCGGAGGGAUCGGCAAAGAGAUUGGAGGUGGAGCUGGAAUGGAUGAUGACCGAAGUAUUCAAAGCGGAAUUGAAUCAGGGUUAUCCGACUCGGAUGCACAGAAAGCUGCACCGCAAUGCAAUUCUACAAUGGCGAAUGUAUUCUAUGCAUUCAGGACCUAUGCAAUUUCCCAAGUUGUGAACAGAAUUCUUUCAAGUGGAGCUGCAAACAGCGGUGGAAUCGGAAAUGGAGCUGAAAUGAAUAAUGACCAAGGUAUUCAAGGCGGAAUUAGAUCAGGGGUUCAUAGCGGCGGCAGUGGCGGCUGUGAAGGAGGAAUUGGAGGCGGUGUAAAUAGUGGUUAUCACGGAGAAAUUGGCGGAGGUGUGGAACAUCAACAUGUUCACGGAGGUGGUCUUCUGUAG